CGGGGCUCCUGCUGCUGCUGCUCCUGCCGCCGCGGCUCCUCCUCUCGCUGCCGCCGCUGCUGUGCCGUCGCGGAGCCCUAAAGCCGCCCGCUGCAAGAGGAUGGUGCGCCUGGCGGCCGAGCUACUCCUGCUGCUGGGACUCCUCCUGCUCACCUUGCACAUCACGGUGCUGCGGGGCAGCGAGCCCGACGCCGCCACGGGAAACCACAGCCAGCGCCAACCGGAUGCCCUCCACACAGAUGGUCUUCCGUCACCUGAAGCCAGCUUUACACUAAACCCUGAGGACAGACGGAAUUAUCCUGACCACCAUGUAGCUCACAAAUCGUUCACCAAGCAGCGAUUCAGGCAAGAGAAUGGGCAUACAGCUUUGCAAAGAGAUGGGCCCAGGCCAUUCCUUCUGGAUCUCCCAAACUUUCCUGACCUCUCAAAAGCAGACAUCAAUGGGCAAAACCCAAACAUCCAGGUGACUAUAGAAGUUGUUGAUGGGCCAGACUCUGAACCAGAGAAGGAUCUCCGAAAGGAAGGCAGCAAACCCAGCUGGCCUGUCCCAUCACCAGACUGGAGGAACUGGUGGCAGAGAUCAGCACCCACGGUCACCCGCAUGAGUAGCGGGGACCAGGAUUACAAGUAUGACAGCACAACCGAAGACAGCAACUUCCUGAACCCCGUUGGUGGUGGGUGGGAAAGUCACGCACCUAGUCACCGGACAUUUGACUCAAAGGCACAGCCAGAGUAUGAUUACAUAGAUGGGGAAGGAGACUGGAGCCCCUGGUCUAUUUGUAGUAUAACCUGUGGCAACGGCAAUCAGAAGCGCACCAGAACCUGUGGCUAUGCCUGCACAGCCACCGAAUCAAGGACAUGUGACAGGCCCAACUGUCCAGGGAUUGAAGACACCUUCAGGACAGCAGCAACAGAAGUGAGUUUGCUCGCAGGAAGCGAAGAAUUCAAUGCCACAAAGCUGUUUGAAGUCGAUACUGACAGCUGUGAGAGGUGGAUGAGCUGCAAGAGUGAAUUCUUAAAGAAGUACAUGCACAAAGUGGUCAACGACCUCCCUGCUUGCCCUUGCACGUAUCCCACGGAGGUUGCCUACAGCACGGCCGAUAUCUACGACCGGCUUAAGCGGAAAAAUUUUCGCUGGAAAGAUGCGAGUGGGCCAAAGGAAAAACUGGAGAUCUAUAAGCCGACCGCUCGCUAUUGCAUCCGGUCCAUGCUGUCUUUGGAAAGUACCACCCUGGCUGCACAGCACUGUUGCUACGACGACAUCAUGCAGCUGAUCACAAGGGGCAAAGGAGCAGGCACCCCAAACCUGAUCAGCAUAGAAUUCUCCGCCGAACUUCAUUACAAAGUGGACAUCUUGCCUUGGAUCAUUUGCAAAGGGGACUGGAGCCGCUAUAAUGAAGCCAGGCCUCCUAAUAAUGGUCAGAAAUGUACAGAGAACCCUUCAGAGGAGGACUAUUACAGACAAUUUCAGGAAGCGAGAGAGUACUGAGAAGGCGGAGGAAAGAAGGCAACUUCUUUCAGAGUCUGUGGAACACGGGCGGUUGGUCUACAGGACCCCAAAUCAAAGAAACUCUCAGCAUACAGAUUUAAUGUCCCAUUCCUCCACUCACCCCAACUAACUGUAUAUAGUUGUAUAGAAUACACAUUUUUUCAUAAGUGUGUUAUUUAUAUAUGCAUAUAGAAAUUGCAUAUGGACCCCUGUGCAAAUAGACAUUUAUAUAAUGUUUUGCGUUCUCCACCAAUGUAAGGUUUUGUGUUUUUAAAAUCAUGCUCAAGUAAGGACUGGGCUAUCAUUUUUUAAUCUGUAUGGGAAAAGCUCAGCUUUCAGUGGUUGAGGCAACAGAACUCAAAGAGUCCGUUUCUCAACUGCAAACCCCAGUUAUGGGGCUUUUGCUGGUGGGUUAUCCAUCUAAUGCAUCUGAGAACUGCAUCUGAUGGUACUACUUUUGUUCUGAACAGCAGAGAGAAAUAUCAGCAUCCACUGCCAUUGUGCCUGUGCAGAAGUCAGGGACUUUGAUUUGUGUCAAAUACUACGUCUGUGUGAUUGACUCUGGCGAGUAAAAGACUGUGAUACCUAAAGUGUGGCUGACGCAAUCAAAUAUCCCUUAUUCUGCAAAGUGUACAAGUACCUCUGAAAUAUUUUUACUAAAUCAAAGCCAAGGACUAUAACCAGACCAUUAUUAAACAGUUUCUAUACAUAAGUUAUUUAAUACAAAUGCAGCAUAAUUUCCUUAGAGAUAUAUUGAUGAAAAUAUUUAGACGUAUUUAAGAAAAAGAAAGAGGGUUUUUUUAAAAGGGAAGGGCAGUAAUUAUUCGAGAGGAGGAACGAAACUGGUAGAUACAAUAAUAGACAAAGCAAAACUCUCUUCAUUCCCAUUUUGGAGUUAUACUUGCCUUGCAAUUUAGCUUGGCAGAGGUCCAGUUACUAAGAGCUCUUAAUAGCUCCAGGGAUGUGAGCAGAAGUAAAGCACAUUUUCAUUACAGUUAUUAUUUUGUGCCACCACUCAAAGAUAAGGCCUGGGGAGGGAGGAGCUGCAUGGAUAGUUAAAGUCCCUCAAAGUCUUCUUCACAUAUUGCCUUAUUACAAGGAUGUAAACACAGCAAACUCACGUAUCAUAUAGCCACAUUAUUCUGGGACCCAGAACUGGCUGCAUCUCCCUUUUGAGUGCCCAUUUUGUUGACUAACUUUGAUUUAUCCUGCACAAUGUGUGAAGCAGCCCUAAGCAAAAUAACCUUAAGCAACUUGGAGCAGGCUUACCCGCUGUGCAUAAAGCAAAAAUGUGGGCAGUAUCUUAAAAACUGGGAGUUGCAGUUAAAAACACACACAUAACCGAAUCAGUUAAUUGGAAAAGUGUCAGAAAUGCAUUUCUGUGUUGAAGGCAAGUUUGCGCAUGCACAUUAGGUUCUGAUUCAUGUUAUGACCAAUGUGUUCCCAUGUUCAGUUUAUUCAUAAACAACCACAGUUGCUGAUUCUAUGAGCUUUCACUCCUAGAGGGUCUGUAUGCAUGUUACACAGUCUCCAUGUAGAAGCCACAUUAAUUUCUUCUCUGCACAGUGGUACCUCUGGAUACGAACGGGAUCCGUUCCGGAUCCCCGUUUGCAUCCUGAAGCGAACAUAACCUGUGCGCGUGCGGGUCACUAUUCACCGCUUCCACGCAUGCGUGUGACAUCAUUUUGACCGUCUGCGCAUGCACAAGCGUCGAAACCCGGAAGUAACACAUUCCGUUACUUCCGGGUCGCCGCGGAGCACAACCCGGAAGCGCUCAACCUGAAGCAUAUUUAACCCGUAUGACUGUAGUAGUGGCUUUGUUAGGAGGGCAGGGAACAUUUUCUCCAUGCCACUGCAGAGCAAGUCCCAAUCCAACCAACAUGAGAACUCUCAAGCCUACUGAAUCCUACAGUGAAUUUAAGUGCACUUGUCUAUGUUUACACAGACAAACUCUACAACAGCAAAAGGAAUAUGGCCCAAUCCACUCUACUGCCCUUGCACACGUGUCAUGCUUUGCUAACAUGAAUGAAUCAGCCAUGGGAGAACAAUUUAAAGCAGACUCCAUGUGAUACCGUUGUUGUUUGUUCAAACUCGUCUUCUGAAGGAACAUACUGUAAAGAGAUUUGUUCUUAAAAUAUGCCCUUGUUGUUAUUUAUUCUUGAGUCUAUACCAAGUCAUUCGGCCAUAUACCAAAUAAAUGCAUAGUAUUUUACGAAAGAAAGUCUAUUCCUUAACAAAGUUUUUUUAAAAAAAUAUCAGUGAAGGGAUGGAGUGUUAUAACUUUACUGCAUUCUUUUGUAGCGUAUUUAUUAAACUGCAGCUAACAUGAAUUCGGCAGAGUUAAAAGUGGCAAGCAAAGGGACUUUCUAAAAGGGACAAUCGUGUUCCAUAGAGAGCUGGUGCACAAAUCCAGGUUUAUCGAUAAAGCCAUGAUGAAACAUC